AUGCAAGAAAUGGAGACUGCAGCCCCCAGUGAGAGGGGAUCUCACGGCAAGGAACAAGAUGACAAGUCAAUCCUUGCCAUCUUGAAGAUGACUGUGGAAGAACUUCUCAUUCUGGACUUGAACGACAAGUUCGACAUGGUGUUGGGCAUGCCGUGGCUUGCACGGCAUGAUCUUGUUAUCGACGGGGAGAAGCGUACGGUCUACAAGAAGAUGGAGUUGGAGGACCCUCCGACUGAUACGUCGGAGUUGACCUCGCUUCCAGUUAUGAGCUGGAAGCGCUUCGCAAAGAACCUUGGCAAGAUGGAGCAGAAACGCUUCGACGAGCAGCGUUGCAAGAUUUUGCGAGAGCUCAAGGAUGGACUCUCGGACGAGACUCCCACGGAUCUUCCGCAGGACGCAAGGCUACAGCACGGCAUUGACCUCGUACCGCGGAAGAAGUACCCUGACACAACAGUGGCUACUGUCGCGGAAACAAGCAAGGUGCGCGACGCAUUGCUUGGGUUCGGUGCGCGACUUCGCACCGAGCUGCUUCUACGUGGAAUACGUUCACAGCCGGGUUGUGGACGGGAAGAAGAAACGCGCACGAAAACGGGCACUUCGUGGCCGCAUUUAACAGCUGCGGCCAAGCUAGGAUUGGCUGCUGCGUCGAUCUUGGCAGCGGUUGUCCAAGAUCGAUCCUUGUCCCGAAUACAUCCGAUUUCGCGAUCUGAUGCGCGUUGA